UUUUUUUUUCCUUUCUUAUUUAUUAAUUUUAUCAUGAUCUUUUUACGAUCUGGAAUACGAUCAACUACUCCAUUUCUCAACAAACGGUCCUUUACAUCAUGUUCUUCUUUACGCAAGGAGGCAGACACUCAACGGGCUGAAAGAACCAUGCAACGUUUCUGGAAAAGAGCUGGCAUCACGGAAGACCAAAAUGGAGUCACUGUCAUGCUCGACCAUCGAAAUCUUCGUACACCUAGCAAAAAUGUGAUUCAAUUGGAAACUAGUCAACGCAACUUGGCUUUAUUGACAGCUGCAGAAUGGGAUGCACAAACUAAAGUAUUGAAGGCGCAUACAUUACCUUUGACUUCAAUUAUAUCUAGAGCUAUCGAUGGCUUACAUCCUGAAAAUUGUGAAGAUCCUAAGGUACGACCAGCAGUGAUUGAUAAAUUGAUGUGUUACUUUGAUACGGAUGCGACAUGUUAUCAUGAAGAGUAUCCAGAGAUUCUAACACAAUUGCAAGAUACCUACUGGAAACCAAUCAUCGAAUGGGCAUCCAAUCAUUACAAUGUUGACAUUAAUACAACUACCGAUAUAUUCGCUGUACAACAACCUCAAGAAACAAAGGAUAAAUUACGUGCUAUUGUGGAAGAAAUGGAUCAUCAUGAAUUGGCUGCAUUUGAACGUGCUGUUUUGACAUCAAAAAGUUUCUUGAUAGGCCUUGCUUUGGUCAAACAUGCCAUCUCUGUUGAACAUGCCUCUCAAGCUGCUCAAGUGGAAAUGAAUUCUCAAAUGGAACGUUGGGGUGAAGUCGAAGAUAGUCAUGAUGUGGAUCGUGAGUAUAUGAGACAAACUUUAGGCUCGGUGGCUCUGGCGGUGAUGCACAAGAAACAAUAUUAGAUGUUAUAGAAUUCCCUCUCUUCCCUCUGUCUCUUCUCCUUAUAAUGUAGGUGUAUUUCUCUCUCUUUUCUUUUUUUAUAGUUUGUAUAUUAUCAUUAAAAACCAAUGUUGUAAAAAAAA